UCGGAGACGAACGUGGCGUGGAAGUGACGUUGAGCGCGCUCCCGUGCAGAUAAACAGAGCGAGAGAAGCACGCCCAGGUUCAAGAUCAUCAUCAUGAGCAGCAUCACAUCCAGGUUGUCCGAAUGGCAGAAGAAGAAGCUGUGCUCGUUGCUCAAUCAUGCCAACCUCAGUCUGCUGUUUAAAGCCAGUGUGCAUGGCUACACUGCCAAUGCUUUUCACCAGAAGUGUAACGGACAGGGCCCGACUGUUGUUGUAGCUUACAAUAACACUGGUUAUGUUUUUGGAGCUUACACUAGCAAAGAUUAUGCUCAGACAAGUAGGAAUAUUGUCGAUGAGAAAGCCUUUCUCUUCAGCUUUAAUGACAAAAGCAUUAAAGAUGAUCAUCUGUGUGUGUUCAGUGGAAAUCCUCAGUAUGGUUUUACUGAUUCAGGUCCGAACUUUGGCUCUUUAGUGUUUCUUUAUAACAACACGGCCAUUGUGUACAGUAAUCCAGGACCAGGACUGUACCAGUUUGAUCCACAGCAGAUGCACGGCAAUGACCUACAGCUGGUCGAGUGUGAAGUGUACAGAGUGGAGGACUGUGGAGGACUUAUGGAGAAACCAUGGCGAUAUAUCCAAUGGAACACUGAGAGAAGGAAAGGACUCCUAAGCACCAUUUCUGAGUGGAAGCCCUCUGUGAAAUCGGUGACACAGGCCCGGGUUCUGCUGGUGGGUCCCGUUGGCGCUGGAAAAUCGAGCUUCUUCAACUCCAUCAACUCUGUGUUUAAAGGUUACGUGAGCACCCAGGCCAACACCGGCACUGCUGGCUCCAGUCUCACUACUCAGUGCCGCUCUGAGUUUCAGGGCUCUGAUCCUGGAGGUGGUGGCCGGACUCAUCACAUCCCGCAACAUCGCACUCCGAGCACGCCCACGACGAGUCCUGCGACUCCCCGCAUCAAUGCACGGUCUGUGGGGGUCCCGAUCAGGAGCACAGGCUGA